UUCACCCCUCCUCUGCUCGUGGCCAUAGACCAGCAGGCUUGGUCCCUUCGUCCUUCCUUUUACCCGACGCAGAGCGUUCUCUCCUUACCCGUGUGCAGAGAUGGCGAAGGUCCUCAACAAGUAUCUUUCUGGGCUCGAUUUCUCGGACAGAGGUAGACCGGCGCACCUCGACCAGCAUGUCGACAUGGCGAACACGUACUCGGCCAAUGAGCCCAGCCAUCUGCAGCGCAACAAGACCGAGCGCUGGCGUCUGCAGGGUAUCCAGCGCACGACUACUGGAGGCGCAGCGCCCAUGCCCAAGAUCGAGGGCUGGCGGCAAAGGAUGAACGUCUGGAUGAUUAACGAGGGUGGACGCCAGAUCUUCUUCGGUGUCUUCAUUCUCCUCCACAUCAUUGUCACGGUUUUCGGCUUCUUGCACUACCAGCUGAAGGACAACCUGGUUACCGCACGUUCCCUCUUCGGGUAUGGCUUCACCAUUGCUCGUUCGGCGGCCCUGGUCCUUCACGUCGACGUGAUUUUCAUCCUCUUCCCCGUCUGCCGCAACUUUAUCUCCCUCCUGCGACGCACCCCCUUGAACGACUUCAUCCCCUUCGACAAGAACAUCACGUUCCACAAAGCCGUCGCCUGGUCCAUCGUCUUCUUCUCUGCCGUUCACACCGCCGCGCACAUGGUUAACUUCGCUAACCUUGCCAUGAUCGACACGGACGCGAAGACGACCGGUCAGCGUAUCGUCGCCUUCCUUAUGGCCAACUUCGCGACCGGUCCCGGUGCGACUGGCUGGAUCAUGUGGGCCGCGCUCGGUGUCAUGGUCUGGUUCGCGAUGGAGAAGCGCCGCCGUGCCCACUUCAACCGCUUCUGGUACACGCACCACCUCUUCAUCGUCUUCUUCAUCAACUGGCAGCUGCACGGCAUGUUCUGCAUGAUCCAGCCUGACCGUCCGCCGUUCUGCUCGUACAACGUCGUCGGCGUCUUCUGGCGCUACUGGCUCGCUGGUGGUGUCGUCUGGAUCUUCGAGCGUAUCCUCCGUGAAGUCCGCUCUCGUCACCGCACCUACAUCCACAAGGUCAUCCAGCACCCCAAUGACGUUAUGGAGUUGCAGAUCAAGAAGGAGAAGACUACGACUCGCGCCGGCCAGUACAUCUUCCUGUCGUGCCCCGAGGUCUCCUACUUCCAGUGGCAUCCCUUUACGCUCACCAGCGCGCCGGAGGAGGACUACAUCUCCGUCCACAUCCGUAUCGUCGGCGACUUCACGCGCGAGCUCGCCCGUGUCUGCGGCUGCGACUUCGAGAAGAAAGGCAAGGGUGACACCCCCGUCACUGGCAAGCUCAUCGGCACGAACACUGCGCCCCCGCUCAACAAGGCUCUCCCUCGUGUUAUGGUCGACGGUCCGUUCGGUAGCGCGUCUGAGGACUUCUCUAAGUAUGAAGCCAUCCUUCUGGUCGGUGGUGGUAUCGGUGUUACGCCGUUCGCCUCGAUCCUGAAGACCAUCUGGUACCGCAUGAACAACUUCAACAACUCGAAGCCGACGCGUCUGUCCAAGGUCUACUUCACCUGGGUCAUACGUGACUUCUCGCAGGCGGAGUGGUUCCACUCGCUUCUCCACGCCAUCGAGGAGCAGGACACGCAGAACCGCAUCGAGAUCAACAUCUACCUUACCGGCAAGAUUAAGGAGGACCAGAUCAACAACAUCAUCGUCCAGGAUGUCGGCGCAGAGAAGGAUGCCAUCACCUCCCUGCGCGCGCCGACCCACUUCGGUCGCCCCAACUGGGACCGCGUCUUCGGCUCCAUCGUCGAGAAGCACCCGGAGACGGAUGUCGGUGUGUUCUUCUGCGGUCCGCCUGUACUCUCGAGGCAGCUGCACCAGAUGUCGAACAAGUACUCGCAGCCAGACGGCACGCGGUUCUUCUUCGGAAAGGAGAACUUCUAAACGCCUACCACCUCCGUCCUGUCCUUACGCCUGCCUACUGUAGAUACUAUCUUUGCCGAUGCUGUGCAUUGCUACCACGGACUAAUCAUGUACUUACCAUUACUGAGAGAACAAUCGGGAUUGGGUUAAGAGAGUC